AUGUCUCACAACAUUCUGAUAACCGGCGCAUCAGGCUACCUAGGUGGAACCCUCCUCUCCAACCUGAAGACCGCGAAACUCCCAUACAACAAACUAUAUGCCCUAGUCCGCACCGAACAACAAGCCAAGUCCGUGAAAGAGCUCUACAAUGCCGAACCAAUCCAAAUCAAUCUCAACGACAAAGCCAGCAUCGUGGAAGCCAUCCUGAAUCACCAAAUUACAGUUAUUUACUACCUCAUCGAUGCUCUUCAUUCACAAGUGCAGAAGAUCAUGAUCCAAGGGCUCGGAGAGUUAAAGAAACAAACAGGCAAAGACGUGCAUUUUCUGCAUACAUCCGGCGCAAAGUUAUUUAGCAGUCACACGGGACAUCCCACCGUUAGACCUUUGCUGGAUACGGAUAGGAAUCUCCAUAAAAUUCAGAAGGAGUCAUAUGGACCUGUUCCGAUUCUUAGGACGGCUGUUGAGACAAAUUUGGAAGUUAUUGAUAAUGCCGAGGCGAAUGGUGUGCGGAGCUAUAUUUUCGUGCCUAGCGUGGUCUACGGCAGAGGGGAAGGCUUCGGUAAUAUGAUUUCAAUUCAAACAACUGCCAUUGUGAGAGCCGCGAAAUAUGUUCGACGCGUGUAUAGCGUUGAUGAUGGAUAUGCAGCAUGGCCGGUUUGUCAUAUCUCAGACAACACGGCGCUUUACAUCGAACUCCUUCGGAAUAUCUUACUCCAGCAGAACCCCGGCUACGGCAAAAAUGGGUACUACCUAGCAGCAUCCGGGCCAGUGACAUGGCAUGACCUGUACAGUGCUAUGGCGAAGGCACUCGCCAAGCGCAACAUGGUCGAUAGUGAUAUUGUAUCCCGGGCAGACGAUGCAGCACUGGAGAAAAUGGGGAAGGCGUUGAAUUGUCCGAAGGAAUUUGUACCGGUGGAGAUCGGUGGGCAUUGCAUGUUCACACCCGAGCGAGGACAACAGAUCGGGUGGAAGCCGAGAUAUCCGGCGCAGCAUAUUCUGGACGCGGCUGACGAGGAGGUCGAAUAUAUUUUAAACCAGCUUUAA